AUGGCGGCGCCGGCCAUCGGGGCCUUCCAGUCGGCGAACGUCCACGCCGCGGGGGUGGUGGGCCAGAACUUCGUCGUCAAUGGUGCCGGGGACGUUGAGUGCCUCGGGGCUAAUGCUGGUUCGGUGGAGAACGGCGUGUGCAACCGUGCGCGCAGCCUCGCCCCGAAGCAGUGCGUUGCGCCUGGGGUUAAGCUCAACCUCGUGCGCAGCGAGCCGCCGCCGCGCCAUCAUAACCCGCGGGCCAAGGCCAACGCGGCCCCGAGCGUUCCCAAGGGCAAGGGCGGCGGCGAGAGGAAGCUGAUUAUGACCCAGUGCCGCGCCGAGCUCUGGAGGGGCGCCGCCCUCGACCAAGUCCAGGAUGUCGACGGGUGGUUUCGCUUCGCGGCCGUCGAGGCGCUGGCGGGCGUCGUCUCGAUGGUCGCUGGCUUCCAGGGGGGGUCGUUGAUGCUCAUGACGGCGCUGGGCCUCCGGCUGCGCGGGGUCCUCUGGGAGGUGGCCCUUCGCGACUCGUUGACGGCGAUGCUCAUUGCGAGCCUGGGGCGCUCGGUGCGCGCCCGGGUGCCGGUCGCGGAUGCGAUGAUCGGCGGCUUCGUCGACGCCGGCGCUGCCCAGCACAUCUUCCGCGUGGCAAGCGCCAUCUGGAACUGGGAGGUCGUGGCCGUGAGCCCAGCCUCUGGGGCGCAGGCGUUUCCGCUGGGCGCCGGCAACCGCGCCGAGCUCGCGGCCGCUCUCGAGCUCGACAGGGCCCGCGCCGCCGCGUUGUUCGCAUGGGCCCUGGUCCAGCCGAAGGAGUUCUGGCACUUCGACGGGCUUAGCUGCCCGGCGAGGGGCGACGUCCAGAAGGCUGCGGCCUACUCGGCCGCCGUGGCGCGCGCCGAGGCCGUCAUGGGCGGCCGCGGCCGCCGCGCGCGCAGGCGCGCGAUGGAGAAGGACUCGCCGGACUUCCGCGCGUUCAUCGCGCUGCUCUCGGUGCCCCUCGGCUGCGCGCUGACGGCGGGCGAGGCGCAUGCGUGCGACCCCGGC